AGGCCCCAAAAAGUACUUGUUUUUAAUAGAAAUGACACAUGAGUAAUUGUAGAACAUUUCCUUAAUUAAUAAAUUAAUAAGUUGACAAUAUCCUAUGUGACAAAUUGUAACAUCACCCAUAUUAAAACAAAACAAAAAACUCUCUCCCUGAAAAAUAAACCUUUCUUGACCCCCAUGUUUCUUCCCAUCCAUCACUGCAUUUUUCUACUCCAUUUGAUAGCAGAACUCCCUACAAAUGGGAUGCAUAUUGUCUCUACUUCCUGUUCCCACUUGUUUCUCAUCUAAUCAGACAUUUUUCUCCAAAACUCUACUGAGAUAUCUUUCAUCGAAGUCACCAGUGACAUCACAUUGUCACAUUCAAUAAUCAGUUCUUAGUCCUUAUCCUGACCUACCAUUAAUCUCUGACACAGAUGAUCACUCCUUUUUUCUUGUCACACUUUCUUCACUUCAUACCACAUCUCAUGGUUUUCUUACUACUUCAGGCAAUUCUCGUUCUCAGUCUCCUGCAUUGGAUGCUCCUCAUCUUCCCAACUUCCAACUGAGUUGCCCCAGAGCUUAGUCACUGGAAUCCUUGUCUUUGCUUCUCUCCCAGUUCUAUCAUUUCAGUAAAUGGCACUAGCAUUUACGUGAUGUCUUAUAAAUGUCCACGUUUUCACGACUAGCUUAUUCCAAAUUAUAAGACUUCCUUAUAGAUGAAAAAUGGACAUUGAGUAAGAAACAUAUUCCCUUCUUUAUCCCAAACUUAGAAGAAGCAAACAAGCAAGCCACAAAACAAAACCAACUUCUCAGAAAAACAUCUAAACUUUGUCCUUGGGACCACUACUGAGGUUGUCAAUGAUCUUCCAGGGGCACACAUUUCCUUGGAAUCCAAAUGAAAUGAUACUGGUCAAGAGGCUGUUUGCCUUAGGUGUAAGGUUACAUAGACAGGGUGUGUGUUUGCACAGAAAAAUCUUUACUGUGACAAUCAGAGCACCUACACAUAAGAAGAACACACUUGAAGGAAGCUAUGCAGCCUGGAGGUGUCAGCAGGAGAAAAUCUAGUCUUCUGGGACAGGAGGAAGUUUAGGGGCAGUUUUUGGCCACUUUAUGAUUUGGGGAGAUUCUUGUUCUUGAAUAAGCUCACAAAGGUUUGAUCAAAAAACAAAGAUGUAGAUAGGCAGGGAGGAAGGAGAUUUCGUCUUCAUUCUUGUUUUCUGUAAGCCACCAUUGGCAAGACUACCUACGUGUAGGCAUGGGAACCAGUUAAAGAAAGUGUUGAUUCACUGGAGUGAAGCUGAGAACUCAGUGGCCUUUGUGUGUGGUGAAUGUGUCCGGAAAAGCAAAGAAGAGCAAGAUUCUCCUGUGGAGUUUCUCAUCUCCAUGGCGGUAGGUGCCGACAGCUUUAGAGAAAGCACGAAGGAGCAGAAAGAAAAGAACCCUGAGAUGUCUAGCUACAGUGCUCUUAGAAGAUGAAAAGGACAUGGGGUUUUGAUCAGAACUUCAUUAUCUGUAACUAAGCAGCUCAACUGAACUUCUGCCCUUCCACAACGUAGCUGAACCUGCCUCUGAGCACGGCAAAUGCCCCACUCCAACUAAAGGUGGAGCUAAAAUAAAGGAGUUGAAUCUGAAAUAGCGUCCCUGUCAGUUCUGUGCUAGCCUGGGAAACACACAAGGAAGAACAAUCUCCUGUGGAAGAGAGAGGACGGCGGAAGGUGAGGACUACCUAUUACGGCAACCAGAAUGUCUUAACUGAAAACCUAAACCAACAAACACCAACACAUCUAGAACUAUUACUACUACGAAACUCAGCUGGAUGCCCCAAGGGUACAGGAAAGAAUGAGCUAUUACGGCAGCAGCUAUCCGAUUGUAAAUGUGGACCCCAAAUACCCAGGCUACCCGCCAGAGCAUGUUAUAGCUGAGAAGAGAAGAGCGAGAAGACGCCUGCUCCACAAAGAUGGCAGUUGCAAUGUGUACUUCAAGCACAUUUUUGGAGAAUGGGGAAGCUAUGUGGUCGACAUUUUCACCACUCUUGUAGACACCAAGUGGCGCCAUAUGUUUGUGAUAUUUUCUUUAUCUUAUAUUCUCUCCUGGUUGAUAUUUGGCUCUAUCUUUUGGUUAAUAGCCUUUCAUCAUGGAGAUCUGUUAAAUGAUCCGGACAUUACACCCUGUGUUGACAACGUCCAUUCUUUUACAGGCGCGUUUUUAUUCUCCCUUGAGACCCAAACUACCAUAGGUUAUGGUUACCGCUGUGUCACUGAAGAAUGCUCUGUGGCAGUGCUCAUGGUGAUUCUUCAGUCCAUUUUAAGCAGCAUCAUAAAUACCUUCAUUAUUGGAGCUGCCUUGGCCAAAAUGGCAACCGCUCGAAAGAGAGCACAAACCAUUCGGUUCAGCUAUUUUGCACUCAUUGGCAUGAGAGAUGGGAAGCUUUGCCUCAUGUGGCGCAUUGGUGAUUUCCGACCAAACCAUGUGGUAGAAGGCACAGUUAGAGCCCAACUUCUCCGUUACACAGAAGACAGCGAAGGGCGGAUGACAAUGGCAUUUAAAGACCUAAAGUUAGUCAAUGACCAGAUCAUCCUUGUCACACCAGUAACUAUUGUCCAUGAAAUUGACCAAGAGAGCCCUCUGUAUGCCCUUGACCGAAAAGCAGUGGCCAAAGAUAACUUUGAGAUUUUGGUGACAUUUAUCUAUACUGGUGAUUCCACUGGGACAUCCCACCAAUCCAGAAGUUCCUAUGUUCCCCGAGAAAUUCUCUGGGGGCAUAGGUUUAAUGAUGUCUUGGAAGUUAAGAGAAAGUAUUACAAAGUGAACUGUUUGCAGUUUGAGGGAAGUGUUGAAGUCUAUGCUCCCUUUUGCAGUGCCAAACAAUUGGACUGGAAAGACCAGCAGCUCCACAACAUGGAGAAAGCCCCACCAGUCCGAAGCUCCAGCACAUCAGAUACCAAGGUCAGAAGAAGGUCAUUUAGUGCAGUUGCCAUUGUCAGCAGCUGUGAAAACCCAGAGGAGACCACCACCUCUGCCACAGAUGAGUGUAAAGAAGCACCUUAUCAGAAAGCUCUCCUGACUUUAAAUAGAAUCUCUGUAGAAUCCCAAAUGUAGUCCUAAAUUAUAAUUACAAGGGCUUCCACUCAAUCGUUAAACUCUCUAGCCAAUCACCUUAAGGCAAGUAGUUAUAAUCAGGGUUUCUCAAGAAUGUUAUAUAGUAUGUUUGAUAGUGAUGGGGGGGUAAGAGCAGGUUAAAAUCGAUAAAAGAUAAUCUAAAAAUUACAUAGUUUCCAAUCAUUUGAACUUUUUUUUUGGCUAGCAGAUUUUGUAUUACAAAAGCUAUUAAGAACCUAAUUGAUUUUAAAUUUCAUCUCUUUUAUUGUCCCAUAUACUUGUAUCUUCAAUUGGAGGUGUAAUAUUCAGUAAUGGGGAUCAAAGGUAAGGUAUUGGAAUAAAUAAAAAUAGGAAGAUAGGCAGCCAGCAUGAAUAACAAAUUUUUAAGUGUGUCAAAAUUGAUGGUAUAAUGAGUGAUUUCCUAUAAAAGUGUCAUGUCAUCUAACUGAGAUAUGCAAGAUAUGCAUUCAGUAGAUGGUAAUGUUGAGAUAUUUAAGCUGGUUCGAUGUUUGUCGCUCAUAGUGUCUUGGUAUCAGCAGGCAGAGGUAGUGGCUGUAAGAAAUAGGCAAUGCCCCCAAUUCAGACAGUUCUUCCACUGCCACUUGCCUGGAUAAUGAUCAAUGAGUGCUAGAAACUAUUUUUCCUCUAACCCUUUAGGCAGAAGAAAAGUUGACACUAUUAUUCAGAGCAGUAUUUCUCUCUUAAAUGCCCUGGUUGACUCCAACAAAUGGCUUUAUAUGCAAGAGCAGAAAUAAGGCGACUAGAACCUUUCUAGGUUCUCUGACAAGGGGGCUUCCUAUGCCCACCUCCCACCUUCUCCAAGGACAACAGGAAGGAACAGGAUCAUAGAGAUGGGGUGAGGGAAUAGGUGGAAGUAUAAACAUUCUCAGCUAUUUAGGAAAAAAGCUGUGCAUGUGUCUGAAUGACUGAAGCUUGGGCUGGGACCUUUAUUUGGAAGGGAGGUGGGCAAGGGGAAAGGUAUUUAUUUGCGCCCAGAAGCAGUUGUGUAUGAUUCCUGUCUUGGUCAUUUUAUAAGACAUAAAUGACUUGAAUUGUGGAUUUUAAGAAACUCAUCCAUUGAACUUGGAACAAUCAUUUAAACUGAAGAUUUUGUGAAAUCUAAUUAAGGUGAUUUAAAUGCACAAUAUUAAGUGGAUAUGCUGAGCGCCAGAGAAUUGCUUAAAUUUUAGGAUAUGAGAUAAAUUUGUAUACUCUAUUUCCAUGUUAAAAGAUGUUAAUCAUGAUUAUUUGAACUGCAAAUCCAAUCACUUAUGAGUGAAGAGUCAGUCACUUUAAGCAUUAUAAAUUGAAGAGUUAUUAGCUACAUUCAGAAUUAUCUGUUUUGUUUUGUUUUACAUUAUUGCUAAGCUGGCAAUAUGUAUAUGCCACAGCUUUUUAUUUGUUUACUUUAUUUAAAUAUAUAUAUGUGCACAUAUAGUUUUUGUUUUUUCUGGAAAAUCUCUCUCCCUUUCUCCCUUUUCAUUUACGUUAAAGCACACAAGCAAAUUGAAUCACAUAGUCCACAAUUACCGAUAAAAGUAAAAUAUGGAGGAAUAUAAAGUUUUUCUUCUUUUUCCUUCUUCCUUCCUUCCUCCUUUCCUUCCUUUCUUUUGCCUAUGAGCAGUAAAGUUCCUUUUUAAAUGCACAUGUACAAAUCUUUUAUUCUCAUUAUUUUAUGGACAAGAGAUUUGUUCAGGUCACAAGUUGUAAAACUGUCCUGAAGCUUACUAUCGGAGAUCUAAAUAGUGCAUAUUUUUUUUCUGUCUUGCUUCACGAAAGCAGAACUCAUUUUUUAAAUUGCACCUGCCCUAUAGAUUUGGAUUUUGUAGCAGCAAUUACUCAGCUAAAUUAGAGUCCAACAAUCCACUACGUAGAAACAACUACCACCACAAUAAACAAAAAUGUCUUUAUUUUUUCCUUUUGUUAGCUUGUUUCACAUCCACCUAGUCUCAUUGCACUUUGCUUUACUUCCUGGACUCUGCCUGUCUGUGAUCUUGCUUUGUCAGUUCAGAAUAGAGACAUCAAUGCCCAGUAAGUACAUUCUGUUGUACCAUGUGAUUCCAUCAUCAAAUUCUCUUGCCCAGAAUAGAAUGCAAAAUUGACAUUCCCAUGUAAUAUUUAUAAUUUUCUGUUUAGAUUUAUAACAUACCUUGACACGCCAAUGAGUUACUUGAUAAUAAAGAUCUUAAAAUAGUGCAAAAAGUGUGUGCAUAUGCCUAUAUUCCAGGUAGCAUAAAUUCUAUUUGCAGAUAUGGUCAGCUGUAGGUACGGUGCACCAAAAAUAAGAUUGCCGCCUCAUAGAAUUAGAACAUAGGCAGAAUUACAAACCAUUUUUAUGGGUUUUUAACAGCUUGUAGAACAGCUAUAUCUGAAUUAACAACUAAGUGCUUCUGUGAGCAUUGCAAGAAGGCUCUGUGCAAAAUGACAUUUCUAGUUUCAAAUGUUCUGUCACUGAUGAGAAGUAGGUUAAAUAUUGUUUCUUGUGGCAUCUAUUUUCUCCCUAAAGAUGGAAUUAUUCAGUGGACUUAAUUAGAUGGAAAACAGAUUGAGGCAUCAAGGCACUGCUCUAUGGUGUGAAAAAGCCUGUGAACCGGGCCCUCGAGGAGUGAGGGAGAGAGAAGGGAAUGCUGUUUUCAUGGACCACCAGUUCAUCAAGUGCUAAUGGGUGUGUUAUACAGAUACACUUUCUUCCCACAACAAAACAGCAAGGUAGAGAUUUUUAACUACCAUGUCAUCAAAUAUCUCAUUCUUUGCUUCUUCCUGACUAAAGAAUUCCCAUUUGGGACAACAAUUUGCCCAGGUUAAAAGAGAAAAAGAAAAUUACGGCGAUGCUUCUCAGUCUCCCUACCAGCUAGGCAGAGGGGGGGCGCUUAAGUGGCGUGGUUCUGGCCUAUGAGAUGGCAGCAGAACUCUCUGGAUGUGAGCUUUAAGAAAGCUCUUCUGGGACCAGCCCAGUUCCACAGCGGUUAAGUGCUCAUGUUCCGCUUAGGCGGCCCAGGGUUUGCCAGCUCAGAUCCCAGAUGCAGACAUGGCACCACUUGGCAAGCCAUGCUGUGGUGGG